CCUGCGCAUCCGGAGCCAGCCCCAGUGUGAUGUUCCUCAUCCCGCUGCCAGCCUGGCUGGCCCUGGGCAUCCUGCAGCUGCCCCUUGGCAGCACCCGGGAGUGCCUGAGCCAGCAGCAGGCACUCAGUGCAGUGCAGCAGAUGCAGAAACUGCUGGCAGCACAGGAGGCUGCCCACCUGCGGGGCAUGCGUGGUCUCCGGCAGCAGCUCUCCAUCCUCCAGAGCCACCUCCAGAGACAGGCCACCAAACGCAAUGAGACCUGUCCGCAGCCGGUGGUGCCAAUGAAUGGACGGAUGCUGGGCUGGAGCAUGCGGGUGGGCCACGACGUUCACUUCAUCUGCGAUGCCGGCUUCCGGCUGGUGGGCUCAGAGACACGCCCCUGCCGGCACAACCGCACGUGGAGUGGCACCCAGCCCUUCUGCAGAAGUGAAGUGGAGCAGGGUAUUGACGACUGUUCCAGCAACCCAUGUGCCAACAGUGGGACCUGCGUGGAUGGCAACCAGAGCUACACAUGCCUCUGCCCCCGGGGCUGGUCAGGCCCCAGCUGCCAGAGCCCCAUCUAUGCCUAUGGGGUGACGCUGAGCAACACCUCCUUCAGCCGCCAGCCCCGCUGUGCUGAGGGCCACCUGGGCUCCCGGCGCUGCAGCUGUGAUGCUGGCUUCCAGAUGCAAGACGGCGGCAUGUGCCAUGACGUGGAUGAGUGUCAGCUCUUCCAGUCCAGCCCCCAGACCCGACUUUGCCUCCACGACUGUGUCAACCUCCCCGGCUCCUACCGCUGCCUCUGUCCCCCCGGCUACCUGCUCCAUGCUGACCCAAACGGCGGGUGCAGGGCAGGGAGCAUCCUGUGGGACCAGGGGUGCAGCAGGGAGCAGCAGAGACAGCCCUGCUCACUCCAUGUCACCAUCGCAGAUGUGAACGAGUGCACUGGGAAGCAGCACAACUGCACCCAGGGCACCUUCUGCAUCAACACCUUUGGGGACCACCACUGCGUGCACCCCAAGUGUCCCGUGCCGCGCCACAACACCAGCUACAUCAAGACCUCUGCCUUCCAGUGCGAGAGGAACCCCUGCCCCAUGGAGAGCCGAGCCUGCCGCCUGGCCGCCACCUCCAUCUCCUUCCACUACCUGCCACUCCAGGCCAACCACACUGUGCCCCAUGUCCUCUUCAAGAUGUCCACCACCCGCUUCGUGGGCGACAGCCUGCGCUUCACCAUCAUGGGCGGCCGGGGCCAGGGUGUCUUUGCCGUGUGGCGCUCCGACCGGCAGACAGGAGAGCUGGUGCUUACCAGUCCCGUGGCAGGGCCAGCCACGCUGGAGGUGGAGCUGGAGAUGAGCGAGUUCUCCCGCAAGGUCCUCCUGGGCAAGCACAUCUUCAAGGUCACAGCCUUUGUGUCCCCGUACGAGUUUUGA